UGAAAAGAUUGCCCACUUUUUGUCAUCUUCUUUACCUCUCCUUUUCAUGGAUGCCCUCACCCACCUCCUCUCUCUAUACAUAAUAUAUGUUUGUGUAUAUAUUUUCAACCUAACUUAUGAGUAUAAAUAGGGGACUGCCAGUUUCUGUUGUCCUCAUUGCAUUUACCUAUUUUCAGUUUACCAUUACUAGGCUGUCUUAUAAGUGUUGGAAGGUGCAAUUCCAUCUCUAGUGGCUAAUAUGAGCUAUACAAACUCAUCUAUGGGCUCUGGAAGUAGAACUGAUAGAAGGGCAUUUGAGUUUGGGAGGACAUAUGUUGUAAGGCCUAAAGGGAAACACCAGGCUACAAUAGUUUGGCUUCAUGGACUUGGUGAUAAUGGUUCCAGCUGGUCACAACUCUUGGAAAGUCUCCCUCUUCCAAAUAUAAAAUGGAUUUGUCCUACUGCUCCUACUCGCCCUGUGGCUUUACUUGGUGGAUUUCCUUGCACUGCAUGGUUUGAUAUGGGAGAGCUUUCAGAAGAUUGUCCAGAUGAUUUAGAGGGUUUAGACUCUUCAGCAGCACAUGUUGCAAACUUACUGUCUACAGAGCCUGCUGAUAUUAAACUUGGUAUUGGAGGCUUCAGUAUGGGAGCUGCCACUGCCCUUUAUUCUGCAACUUGCUUUGCACAGGGAAAUUAUGGAAAUGGCAGCCCUUACCCUGUUUGCCUAAGGACAAUUAUUGGUUUAAGUGGUUGGCUUCCUGGCGCUAGAAAUAUGAGAAACAAGAUCCAAGGAUCACAUGAGGCUGCAAGACGUGCUGCAUCUCUUCCCAUUUUGCUGUGCCAUGGACUUUGUGAUGAAGUGGUUCCUCAUACACAUGGAGAAAGGUCGAAUCAUGCUUUGAGCUUAGCUGGAUUUCAAAACCUAGCAUUUAAAUACUAUGACGGGCUUGGUCAUUAUACUGUGCCUAAAGAGAUGGAUGAGGUCUGCAAUUGGUUAAAUGCAAGACUUGGGCUAUAGAGGUUACUUUAACAUUGGAGAGCAAAAACUUGUAGAAGCUAAAUCUUUUAUCUGCAG